GUCAUCUUAGUACUAUUAGGAUCAUCUUAUUACAGUGCCAUAUUUAACCAUGAAGAGCCUCCUUCUCUCCAUGCUGGCUCUCCUCUCAGUCCUUUUCUUCCUUGCCAAUGUUGGCGAGGCGGCGAUCGAUUGCGACUUUGUGGGUACAAAAACGGCUGGAUGUGUGCCAUUUGUCACCGGCAAGGCGAAAGACCCUGCCCCUGCCUGCUGCAGUGGGCUGAAGGAGCUUCUUGAAGCCGUGAAAAGUGUUGAUGAUAAGAGAGUUCUCUGCCGCUGCAUGAAGGAUGCUGCCAAGUCCUUGCCGAUAAACGAUGAGUUAUUGAGCCAGCUUCCUGGCCGUUGCCAGAUCGAUGUUGGUUUCCCUAUCUCCUCAAAAAUGAAUUGUGCAUUCACUGAAUUGCUAAGGAGUUGAGGCAGCGAUCCGUUGAGAAAGACAUCAUAAAGAAUAUUAGGAAGGAGUUACAAUAAAUUAAACAGUUGAAGCUUGCCAUUUUCUGGUCUUAAUAAUAAUGCAAUUCUCUUUGU